UAAAAAUUCUCUCUUUGACCUUCAAAAAAACCAACGGUUUUAGUAAAGAAGUUUGAUCAAAAUUUAGAAUUAAGUUAAAUAAUUUUAAGGGUUAAUCAUUUUUAAUUCAUAUAAUUAGUUAAUAUAUAAAGUAAUUACUUUGUUGACUCUUCAGAAAUCUGUAAAUUAAAAUUUUACUUCAAUGAAAUCACUUAAACAGUCAUUUCAAUUUCUCCAUCAUUUUCGGUUGUUAUCAACUGUUACACAACCAUUAAAUCCAGUCCAAGAAGCUGCACUUAAUGAAAAAUGUAUUUUAGUUGACCAAAAUGAUAAAGAAUGUGGAUAUGCUAGUAAACGAGAUUGCCACAAAUUAGUCAAUGGUGAAAUUCCUCUUCACCGAGCAUUUAGUGUUUUUCUUUUUAAUACUAAAGAUGAGCUAUUAUUACAACAACGAUCAUCAACAAAAAUUACUUUUCCAAACCAUUUUACCAAUUCAUGUUGUAGUCAUCCAUUAUAUGAUAUUAUUCAAGAGCGUGAUACUUUAAAUGGUGCUAAAGCAGCAGCAUGUCGACGACUUUCAUUUGAAUUAGGUAUACCUCGUGAACAAUGUAAACCAGAAGAUUUGCAAUAUAUUACCAGAAUAAGAUAUAUGUCUGAAGGUGAUGGAACUUGGGGUGAACAUGAAAUUGAUUAUAUAUUUGUUUUACAUAAAGAUGUUACUUUGGACCCUAAUCCAGAAGAAGUGAAAACUGUUCUCUAUGUACCAAAAACCAAAAUUUAUAAUUUUCUAAAUAAUCUUAAAUAUCCAAUUACUCCAUGGUUUAAUCUUAUUGUUCAAAAUGAAUUAUCACAGUGGUGGGAAAAUUUACAAUCACUGGAAAAAGUUGAAGACCAUCAAAAUAUUAUACAUUAUAACUGAUUUUAAAUUUAUUACAUUCUUAUCAACGUAUACAUUCCCAUAAUAACAUUUUAUAAUUGUUAUUUACAUUAUUUGUAAAUGAUUUUAUUGUUAAUUUUCCAGUUUAUCUUAAUUGUAUUGUAAUUAUGUUUUUGAGUUAUAUUAAUAUCUUGUUAAAAAAUAUUCAUACUUAUAAGAUACUCAUUGUCAGUCAUUAAAUUUCAAAUUUACUACAGAUUAAGCAAUUAAGGAGAGAUUGAGUAACUAAAAGACACUUUUUUCAUAAUGUAGUUAAUUUUAUCAACAAGUCAUUAUUAAUUAUUUUAUGAAAUUUGUUUAUAAUAGCAGUCUCUAUUAAGAUUUACAAAAAAGCAAAAUAUAAAUUUUAAAAAUAUCUUGAGUAAUGCAUAGAAGAAUGAGUUAUCAUCCCUAAAAUAUAUCCGAGUACACAUCGUUUUAGUCUAGUUCCUUAGUGGAUAUUACUAGUUUACAAAUUUUUACUUUGAAUAAUAUUAAUGUUUAUUAAUUAAAAUCACUAUUAUAAAAAACGAUUCGAUGCAAA